CCAGACCCCUCCCCCCCCGGCACCUCAACAGAGACAUACUCACCGCACAGCUCCCGAACUGUCGAUGCGACACUCGGGAUUCUGAUCACAACAAUGGGGAGACGGCCGAAUGCACUCAUCUUGCAGUAUUUCGAGCGGGGCCCGAAGCUGCAGGAUCAAAGCAAUCGCUAUCCCCACACAUGUAAAGCAUGCGGAGAGCACUUCCCUCGUGGUCGACUCGACAGCUUGACGGGCCACUUGACUAAGAAAUGUCCUGCCAUUUCCGAGUCGGAGCGAGUCAGCGCCCUCUUAGCUCUUUCGGGCAUGAGCCAUGCCUCCCAGCGAUUUCAGCAGACCCAGCAGGCCCAGGCGCGUGCCCAGGCCAACGUGUCUUCGGUCGACUUGCCCAUGAUUCAACAACGCGACUGGACCGCCCUCGGAGUCCUCGCCGAAGUAUCGCGACAGAUCGACCUGAACGAGAAGAAUGACGACCGCGGCCAACCCAAUGGCGCGGCCCAACAAGGGCCUUCGUCACCCGGUGGGCAGCCCGCGGACCGCUUUGAGCUGCAAGAGCAGUUCAUCAUCGAGAACCCGCCGUUGCACCAGGAUAACAGCACAUUUCAGCCUGUGAAGGGCGAACCCCAGCCAGAAGAGACAAACCGGGCACCGACGGCGGAAGAGCGUCUCCAGGAAAUCCUGCGCGCCGAAGAUGGCCAGGCAGAUUCGGCAAACAUAACCAUGGCCGCCGCCGCCGCUGCGCGUUUGCAUCCCGCAUUCCUCGACCCCGAGAUACUGGGCGAAGAGGCCGCAGCAGCCGCCGACGCUGCGACCGCUAGCGCCGAUGCUGCUGCCACCGCCGCUGCUGUAGUAAAUAGCCUCCCGAUGGCCGACAUGAACGGAACAGAUGAGCGCCCAGCAACCCCAAGCACCCCUGCGGCCCAUACGGCGAUGCCCACUCCAAGCGCAAUGCCGACACCAAAUGCCAUGUCAACACCAAGCGCGAUGGCGACACCGAAUGUGCCCCCGCCUUGGGGUGAGCUCACAUAUGCGACCGAGACUUUCCAGGCCACCGUAAACAACAACAGCCCCAUGCAGACCACAACAGCCCCCCUUGGUAAGGGUGUUUUCCGCUUGGAUGGCGGCCCCAACGGUGCCAAGUCCCGCCACUCGAGGGCCCGGUUCAACGCGACCAGGCGGAAGGAGGUCCAGGAGGUCCGGAAAAUUGGCGCCUGUAUUCGUUGCCGAGUUCUCAGAAAGACCUGCUCCCAAGGCUCGCCCUGUGACACCUGCCGGAAGGUCCUGUCUCCCCGGGUCUGGCGCUCGGGGUGCGUUCGCACAAAGUUUUCAGAGCAGUUGGAUCUGUACUCGGCCGGGGUGCAAAUAGUACUUGCCCAAGCCCGAGUCAACUCGAUCAAGCAAACCAUGACUCUCGGUAGCCACGGUGUUCUGAUCGAGGCCUGCCAUUUCCCGGAUUGCGGCCCGCGCCUUCAGCUCCAGGUGCUGCAGCGUGAUUCCGAUCGAGACCCCGAGGGAAAACUUGUCGACGCGGCCAUUGUGGACGACAGGCCGUCGUCGUAUCCCAUUGUCAUGCUCGACAAUGACAACCAGGACGCGCCCGCCAGAGUUGAGACCUACAUGCGUGAGAUUCUGCCCGACAUGAUCAAGCGAGAGCCCUCACACUUCAUGCAAGUCACGCUACAAACUGCUGUCGACGUCGCGAGCAAGACGAAUGACGAGUUGCUCAAGAAGUCGCUUGAGCUGUGGGGUCUCGUAGAGAUCCUGGACCGCGAGCGGCAAUGGACCAUCAACGCCAAAACUUGGGCCGAGGACACCCCGGCUAAAUCAAUCAAGGAAGACACGGACGGAGAGCUUUUCAAUACCAUCUGUCUUCAGCUCGCAGCCGCAGCCGAGAGGAAGGCCGCAGCUACCAGCAAGGCCCUUCUCACCGGAAUGCAGCGCGUUCUCCAAGACAGCAAAGUCAAGAUCGACUUCAACAUGUACUUUGCCGUCCUGAUCCUGCUGAACUGCGUUGAGAAAUCCAGCUGGGCCUUCAAGGCAUGGGAGCAGGAAAACCUGCGACAUCUCUGGCCGCUCGAGAAGGAGCCGGUCAGUUUUGCGCAGCAAGGCUAUGUGAUUGCGAACCUUUUGCACAUGCUCCUAGGCAUUCGGAAAGCCCUCCCCCGGACCACGCGCCGGGAGAUUGACGGGAAACUGGUUACCGAGGAGGAAACCCCGGCCAUCAGAGAGUAUUUCGAGGCAAUCAACCUUGACUUCGCCCAGGUCAAGGCAAAGCAGGAACGCCCUACCUUUUCACCCACCGAUUCCCGCUCAUUCGAGCUCUUGUUCUGCUCAACACUUCUUCUUCCCAGCUCGGAUUCCUGAUCGAGUCGAUCCUUGUUGUCAAUAGCUUAAGAGCACCAAGCUCUUCCUCUUCGACUUCGAUUCUGGCUGUGGGACCGACCGCGGCAUCUUAGACCGCGACGACCCAUGGCUUAUGACUGCAUACGCCAUGUACGAUUAUGAGGUUCUCCGACGUCGGAGACCCCCAAAGUGCAGCAAUGGCUUCACUAAUGAUAUAAUGCGCCCCCCUCGUGUUUUGUUGAUGAGCGGAGAGGGCAGUGUUGGUUGAG